GCGGCGGCGGCGGCGGCGGCGGCGGCGGCGGCGGGCGGCCGGAGAAGAUGGCGGACGGCGACAGCGGCAGCGAGCGCGGCGGCGGCGGCGGCGGCAGCGGCGGCGGCUUCGCUCCCGCGGGCCGGGCGGGCGGCGGCGAGCAGGAGACGCAGGAGCUGGCGUCCAAGCGGCUGGACAUCCAGAACAAGCGCUUCUACCUGGACGUGAAGCAGAACGCCAAGGGCCGCUUCCUGAAGAUCGCCGAGGUGGGCGCGGGCGGUUCCAAGAGCCGCCUCACGCUGUCCAUGGCCGUGGCGGCCGAGUUCCGCGACGCGCUGGGCGACUUCAUCGAGCACUACGCGCAGCUGGGCCCCAGCAGCCCCGAGCAGCUGGCGGCGGGCGCCGACGAGGGCGGCGGGCCGCGGCGCGCGCUCAAGAGCGAGUUCCUGGUGCGCGAGAACCGCAAGUACUACCUGGACCUGAAGGAGAACCAGCGCGGCCGCUUCCUGCGCAUCCGCCAGACGGUGCACCGCGGCGGCGCCGGCGGCUUCGGCGGGCCCGGGCCCGGCCUGCAGAGCGGCCAGACCAUCGCGCUGCCCGCUCAGGGCCUCAUCGAGUUCCGCGACGCGCUGGCCAAGCUCCUCGACGACUACGGCGGCGACGACGACGAGCUGGCGGCGGGCGCGGGCGCGGGCGGCGGCGCGGGCCUGUACGGGGAGCUCCCCGAGGGCACGUCCAUCACGGUGGACGCCAAGCGCUUCUUCUUCGACGUGGGCUGCAACAAGUACGGCGUGUUCCUGCGCGUGAGCGAGGUGAAGCCGUCCUACCGCAACUCCAUCACCGUCCCCCUCAAGGCCUGGGGCAAGUUCGGCGGCGCCUUCUGCCGCUACGCCGACGAGAUGAAGGAGAUCCAGGAGCGGCAGCGGGACAAGCUGUACGAGCGGCGCGGCGGGGACGAGUCCGAGGGCGAGGAGGUGGACGAGGACUGAGCGGCGCCGCGCCCGCCGUCCCGCCGCCCCCGCCGUUCCUCUCGGGGCCCGGCGGAGGCCCGCGAGGCCGAAGGCGAGAACUAAACCGUAGUCCCAUCACCCUAAGAGAACAAUCUCCAGCGAUUAGAGAAACGCGGCGAAGCAUCAAGGAACUGACAGCGACCUGCUCGGAGAGGGCGACGGCGUCUGUGAUUUCCCAGCCGAGGUUUGUGAACCCGUCGAGAGAACUGGGGGCGGCGGGGGGCUGGGGGCAGAAACCCAGAGUUGCCCGAGGAACACCUGUGGGUGACCCAGACCCGCGGAUGGCAGCUGCCUCUGUCCUGCCAGGGCAGCGUGGUGGAAAGAGCUCUCCAGACCUCACUGUUGCCGUGUCUAGUAUUUCACCUCCAUUGAAAUCAGCAUUUUGGAUCCCGGUCUUUAUGAGAUUCCUGAACGAGGUGUACUUGCGCUUACCCAGUAACGAGAGUACUGUUUCGUGAAAGGAAUGCAACUCGGGGUUUCCGUGACAACGGAAAAUCAGAACGCGAGAAGCCAUUGGGGAAUGCAGAAACACCCAAGCCGUUUGGCUUUAAGAUGGUUUUGCAUGGAACCUGGACCAAGGCCCCGUCUUUUCUUUGCAGAACUGCCCUUUUGUCUGGGAUGCCCGUGGAUUCCUAUAUCAAUCCUUGAACUAGAGCUAGUUCCUAAGAUUUUAUUUUAAAAGCUGGCAGUUUUAUUCCCGAAGAUAAAAGGAGCAGUUUGAAGUUGGGGUUGCUGAGGUAGCACAAGAGAAAAAUCAGGCCUAAAGCACAAGGAAAACUGUUGGAGUGGGUUGGUAGCUGCUCGCUAAGUUCUUCCCCUGAUUUCCAUAUAUGGAGGUCAUUACCAAGAAAUGGUUAGAGAUGAGUGAGAACUAGAUCCCCAUGGCUCCACCUUUCGAGCCAGUGAAGUAUGGCUAAUUCGGCUGUUUCAGCCACUGGUUGGCUGUAUUUUAAACCUUAAAACUUGAAGAUAACUACAAAAGGAACAGUGUGGCCACAAGCUUGAGCUUUAAUGGAUUGUAUGUCCUCAUGGAGAAGUUGGAAAUAACCAAAACUGAAGUCUUCAUCUACCUUCAGUUUAUUCUGUGGAUUUUUUUUUCAAAUACUAAAGAUCCUCAGGUUUAGAAUUCCAGCGUCAUAUAUUCUUUUAAAAUAAAUUUUUAAGAACUUGAUCCAUUGUUUUAGUACCUCACAAAGUUGGCAAAUGAUGGGUGUCUCAAGUAGCUGUAUCCUUUGAAAGCUGAUAUCCACCUGAAUGGAGCUGAAGUGAACUAUAUUCUGGAAACAUUUUUUAUACCAUCUUGAGAUUUCAACAAACUGAUUUUCCCAGUUUAGCCAGCUGUCUUUCAAGAAUAAAAGUUGGGGUUUUUCAAGGAUCACCGCUUAUAUAUUUUCAAUGGAUUUUCAGUAGAAGUCAUUUUUACUAAUCAAGUUAAUCACACCCAUCAAAAGGUAUUCCUCGAAAUGAUAGCCCUAGGUAACUUUGAAUUGAACCGGAGCAAAUGGUCUUUACAAAGUUUUCGGGUAUUCUUGUGCGACUCCUCAACCAGGAGGCAAGUAACCCCACCUCCGUAAUCUUGGUUUUUUUUUUUUAAUUGCAUGCCUGCCCUUUAUUUGAGCUGCCUUUUAAUUUAUUGCAUACCAUUUUUAUUAUUUUGGUAUUAUCCAAUCUAUACAAUCUUUUUGUAUUUAUUGGGAAAUAAGUAAUAUACAAAAAGUUCAUUUUGUGCAUUGUGGCUGAAGGGGAGGGAAAUAAUUGUGUAUAUAUAAUUAGGCUUUUAAAAAAUUAGGCUAUGAUUCAAUUUUGUUGAUCUUAGAUAUUAAAAAUAAAUGGAAGAGCCACGAAUAUUGGUGCCCUUUUCAGACUAUUUCUCUACUUUCAUCUUCCACAGUAGACUUUUUGAACAGGUUUUUUUUAGUCUUUUUUUUUUUUAAUUUUUCUCCGUUGCAAAGAAUGUUUCCUAAAUUGUAUGGGAGCAAUAGUAUUUUUUGAUGUUUUAAUGACAUCCGUAUUCUUGUACUGUAUUUUGUACUACAAGGCAGCUGUUUUCAAUAAUGUCCUGCUGUAUUUACUUAUGUGUUUUGAGUGUUUAUUUCUUUGCUGCGGAGAACAAAUCCUUAGUUGUAGUAAAAGCUGAGAAGUUAGCAUUAAGUUUUGGGGAACUGUUUAAGUUUCAGACUCUGAGGCAGCAAUGAAAAUUAGGUUACAGCUACUAGUUGAUUGCUGUAACUUUUUCAUUUUCGAACCAUGUACAAUUCCUGUAUAGACCAACUUGUUUUCUUGCUUCAGUGGUGGUUCUGUUGCUCAACUGCAGUGAGCCAGUUCAAUUUUGCAAAGGUGCAGUACCUCUCCUUUUUAAGGGGUGGAUUUAAUUCUUUCCUUCCUUUCUGUUUGGCUGAAUUGCAGUAACUAGCCUUGCCUUUCUAGUCUGUAGAAAUGACAGGGUCUUCACAAUCCUUUGCCAGUGGCUACUAAGCUAUAAUUAGCUGAAUAGGAAAAAUGUGGAAGUGUGUCUGAGGCAUAUAGAGUAUAUGCCAAGAACACUACCAUAUAUGGCAUCAGCUUUGGUUACCAGAGAAAUUGUCUUAGUCAUUAGACCAUGUAACAGUAAUAUAUCAUAUGUAAAUCUUUAGAUGUCAAUUUGAGAAUUCUCCCAAAACAGGAGCUAAGAAUGCAUAAGCUAUGUGUUGGAAAAAGUAAUUUAUAUUAAAAUUUUGACCUGCCUAUGUAGGAUUAAGUGGUAAAUGUCAUAGUGGUGGGUUUUUAAGUCUUAACCAAUCUUAGAGGUUUGUCUCCUGCCAGGGGUGGUUCAUGGCCUCUUCUCACUGCAGGAAGAGUACAGAAGGGUGUGGAUUAAUUGUUGCAUUGUACUGAUCCUCAUUUCGGUCAUCUAGGGACAAUAGAAAUCUGCAGAGCGCGGGACUCUCUACUUUUUGGUAUAUGUUUCGUUAAGGCAAUAUUAACAGACAGCCUUCCCAAGCCUGCGAGUAAGAACUGCUAAUUAAAUGAUCUUUCUUAAAUCUAGUCAGAAAACGGCAUUGUACAGGCUAUGGAAAACAAACGGUUUGUUUUGUUUUUCAACCACUAUUACGAACAGUGAUCUAGAGCUUGUCUUUUUACUUUGGCAAACAUCCCAGUUAAUCACGUGUUCAAAAUAGUUAUAUUCCUGAGAAGUAGAGAUUGAAAUGCCUUUAUAUAUAAUUGCUAGAAUGUUCGGUUCUCAAACACACAGAAGUCUAAUUUUAGGAAUAUAUCAAGAGGAGAAAAAAAUUGACAAGAUGCUAACAUUCCCUUAUAGUUUCUAUUGUCCCUACCUACCAUGCAGUGAGGAGAGUGACAGUUCUCCCUAGCAAAGAACGUUUUUGGUGCAUAUGCUACACAUAACAAAAUGCAAAAAUCUAUAUGGCACCAAAAGAGUGAAAACUGAACCAAAAACCCAGACACCCUAUGAUACUAUAGAAGGCAUGUAGGUGGUAUACAUGACUAGCUGUGAUGCACACAUGGCUAAUUGUCAAGUCACUUUCCAUAAUUAUUGCAAAAUGAUCCAGAGACUUUUGGUCCAAGCAGCCAUUAGCCUGCUUCCUUUACCACCUCUUGAUCACUUUGCAGUAAAUUGCAGGUCAUUUAGGAGAAUCAAGCUUCAUUUUUAUCAAAACAAAACAAAUUUUCCUGUCUUACCUGAAAAUGCAGGGUUGUGGGCAAAAGAGGCUGGUUAUAAUAAUGCCCUCAUAUUGAGUGGUCUGUAAAUGGCUGCACACUUCAUGCUCUAUAGUUACUGAGGAUGCUUUGUUAAAUGUGACCUUGACUGACUUUACAGGGGGCUAGACUAUGAUCUACACAAGGUAUUAAAAGGUGACUAUUUUGCAUCUACCUUGCUCUUCAGGUAGAUGAAAUUAAGGACAAGCUUGAGUGUGUAAGCCAUGCACAUAAGUAUUCUUCACUGUAAAUUUUGUUUUCUUUUUUAACCCAACUAUGGUACUUUGUUCAAUCAAUGCACAACUGAUCUCUCAGUAGAUAUUCAUCUGAAAAUAGUGUGGCCUUGAUCAGUGAGAAGGGAAAGGAGAGAAGUGACUUUCGCUUGUGUAGAAAUGACUCGUUUGCUGAGUCUUCAUUCUGCAGCACUCUUCAUAUCUAUGCGUUUGGGAUCGGUCUCCUUUUUGAUUGGGGGAAGUUAAUGUUUGUGACCCUGGAGUUACUAGUUCACUUGAGUUGUCUUCUAUUUUUAGGAAGGAUUGCUCUGAUAAGUAACAAAGUUGACUGCUUUGAUGUCCAAUCUCAGGUUUUAGAGAAUAUAUAUAGUGGUGUGAAAUCCCACUAACUCUUAAAACAAUUUUUAUUUAGUACAUCCUAAAAUUGACAUGCAUAAGGCCUGUUUAGAGAGCAGAGCCGCCAUCCUUUUGCUCCUUUUCCACUUUGUACUUGAGAAAGUGUCGAUUGAUUUUGCGUUGUAUUUUAACCCUAACAUUUUAACCCUAACAUUCUCAAAGAUAAAGCACUUUUUGAUCAUGAAAUACAUGGAAUCAUUGUGUAAUGUGGAUCAUGGUUUCUCAGGCUCCCCUAGGUAAACUGCUUUAUGAGUAUUGUUCUAACUCUGUAAGAGUAAUAGAAAUAUUUGCUAAUGUAAGAAAGUUUGUAUUGUUGGUCCAGAAUGCAUUUUGCUAGCUUCCAAUGGAUGGGAGAGUAAACAAUGCUGCAUUCACAAUUUAAUAGGUUACUUUCCCUUGAGCCUUAAGGUAACUUUAUUUUCCUUCUUUUUUUGUCAGCAACAGCACUGAAGUUAUACUAAAUGAGAUUACUAGUUUUUCAGGGUUGGUUUUAGAGUACUGUAAAUCAAUUAGCUGUCUUCCUUACGAUUAAUUCCCAUUGAAGGAACUGGAUAAAUGGGUAUGUGGGUGGGACUAGGGAUUGAGGGGAGAUAGUUUGUAGAAAAGAAAAAAGAAUAAAAAAAAAAAAACCACAUUUCCUUAAGAAAAAUAGAGGUAAGAAAUCAAAAAAUACAUCUUAAUGCCCUUUUUGGUAUUCCAGAUAAGAGGUGGAAGUGGCAAAAUAUAACUUCACUUAACCCUUUUUUCACUUAGAAAAGCAAAGUCAUCCAUUUUCAAUUGUUAGCCUCCAGAAGUUACGAAGUUUUUAAUGCUGAAUUCUCUUCAUAGCUUAACUUCAGUAUUUAAAGUCAUUGUUCUUAGCCCUCAAAACUUAAAAAUCUAGUUUCAUUGAAGAUGUAACAUCCUUAUUUAACAACUGCCCAGUUGUCACUAUGGGAAAUAAAAUUUGGAAAAUGCAAAAAUAAAAUUGUCAAGGACUGGAGAGAGAGUACAGUGGUUAGGGUGAUUGCCUUGCAUGUGACCAACCCAGGUUCAUUUCCUGGCACUCCAUAUGGCCCCUUAAGCCCCACCAGGUGUGCUCUCUGAAUGAAGAGCCAGGAGUUAGCUCUGAACACUGCUGGGUGUGGCUCAAAAACCAAAUAAUAAUAGUAAGAAUUGUGAUAAAGUCUUGCAAACCCUACUAAUUUCCAUUUGGUAGGUGUACCCUGAUCCAAAUAGGACCUUUAUUAGUGUCUAUUUCCUGUUGAAAUACGGAAUGUAACAUCUGUGUAACCAGUUUAUUCACAAUCUUUUUAACUUCCAUUUGAAAAUCUUAACACAUAUCUCAUAAAUUAGUCAUUUCAAUCAGGAUAGGUGAAGCCAAGUUAAAACAGCAGCAGAUGUCUUAUUGGACAUUUUACUGUGCACUAGAAGAGUGCUUAGAGACUUCACUUUUCCCCCCUACCAGUUUGAUUCAAGAAUCUGACUAUCCUUAACAUGAGAUUUUGAGUCUUGGAGCAGAUUUCAUUACCCUUAUGUUAUAUCUAAAAUAUCCCUUGACAUGGACAAGAGACGGCUUGAUUAUCUUGGAUGAAUUGUGGGCCCAGACUAUCAUUGGAGAGAAAGCAAUGGACUUAUCCACCAAAAUUGCAGGAGAUAUGAGUUUGUCUCACCCUCCCCCCCUUAAAUAACUUCAGUGGCUAACUAAACAUUGAUUUAGGGCCUGGGAGAUGGCUCAAGGGCCCUAAAUGGCAUACUCUGCAUGCAGAAACCCAGGGUUUGGUUCCUGGCACUGUAUAGUCCCUUAGCAUCAUCAGAUGUGGCCCAAAAAACCAAAAGGGGCCUGAGAUACAGUACUGGGAUUUAGUUGCUUGCAGUCAACCUUGGUUUGAUUUCCCAGGACCAUAUGGUUCCCCCAGGCGCCACCUUGAGCAUAGCCAGAUAGAGCUUUAAAAAAACAAUAGAAAUUAAUUUGGAUCAGAGCUAUAACUACAGGGAGGAGCCUAAGACAUUUGAAAGUUGGAAUUCUAUCACUAAGUACAUUUGUGUUGUAUAGGAACUUGAGGGUUUUAUUUUGAACAGUUUACCAUUAGCCCUUUCUCCCAGCCCACUGGUUACCUCUGUACAAAAGCUCUCUGAAUUUCUAGAAGAGAGUAGAUUGGACAAAAAGUAUAGAAGCUGAUCAGCACAGGGCAUACUUAAAAAGAGUCUAUAGUUUUGCACAUGAUGGUAGCAGGCAAGUAUAUUGAGUCUUUUUAAAUAUUUGAAUAACAAAAUUAUCCGUGUAUGUAGUUGGACUUUUUCCCCCGUAGUUCUGAAACACUUAAGACUGUUUGGGGUUUUUUUUGGUUUUGUUUUGUUUUUUUUACUUUUGUGCCUUCAUGCAGAUGAUUUUCCAAGAUGAUUUUUAAAAGUCUUCAUUUUCUGAAGUUUUUUUUCCAUAUAGCGCUUCCAUUGUGUAAGGAACCUUCACUGCCAAUCUAAUCUACCAGGGACUUCUUAGAUGAGAUUCUUUACUCCAAAGUUGGGAUUAAUGUCCUACUAGUAGGGAAUCUAAUGAAGUAAUUUGAAUGAGUUCAAACCAAAACUUGAUAGCAGGAGACGGCUUCCUGAUCUAGAUGUCCAACUAGAAUUUAGGUUGGAAGUUACUUUAAAAGGAAUUUUUGGAGAUGUCUUCGGUCUGUGUAAAUACCCACAUGCUUGUGCAUUGUAAACUUAAGUGUGUAUUUGAUGUAUGAAUUUGUAGAACUGAUUCUGCUUCAAGAGAAGCUGCACCUUUAAUUUUAUAAGGUCCCCUCCACCUGUAACCCUAUACAUAUUUGUAAAUAGAACACUAAAAUUUGUAGUAAUAGGAUCAAUUUCAGAAUAUCUGCUGAGAGACCAAAAAGUUCAUUUUUUUAAGUACCUUGGUUAAAGAGUAAAGAUUAUGCCUCUUAUUUUUUAAAAGAAGAAUGCACUUUAACAAACAGAGCUGCAUGGGCAAUUCAAACAAAUCCGUGAAGUCCAGUACCCAUUCACAAACCACACUUCCUGGAAACCGUUCAAAAGCAGAUGGGCUCUUAAUCUCACUGCCUGGAGGUUGAAGCUCAGAUUCUGGUCGAUUUCAAGAUGAGCAGGGUUGCUUAAAAGAGCAAUGUGAAUAUAGCCAGAAGCUUCAGACAGGUCUGUAAAGUGGCGGGUCCCGUAUGUACCACUAACUAGCAAAACUGACAGAAAAACUCAUAAGAAAAAAAAAUGUUUAAGAAUCCUUAAUGCUGGUGUGCACUCCUUACAAUAGCAGACUUUUGCAAAUGGAGUUUUACAGUCUAUAUUUAAAAAAUUGUAUGUUUGUAACAAAUAAAGUAUGCGGAAAAGUGAAUGACAA